AUGUGCGCCUUGGAUCGAGCACGACCCGAACAUCAACUAUCUCGGGGUCGCCUGUAUGACAUUCAACAUCUGAAUUUUGCUGCACCAAUGGCUGGUUUGGGAGUCGUGCUGCGAAAACGUUGCUGUGAUUCGCUCCCAUUGCCGAUGUGCAUAGCUAAUCUGCUCGUCUCGUCACAGUGGUUCCUCUAUGGAAACAUCGUUCGUGACAACUACAUCAUGGCACCUAACGGUAUCGGAGUUGUACUGGCUGUGUUGCAACUCAGUGACCGCUUAUCAACACAAACUGCAUCUACCGGUAUUUCAGUGGUGAAAGGAGAGAGUGCUCUGAUGAGGAAAUUCUCCGAAGUUCUCGAAAAAACCGCACGUUCGGGAAGCUUCGGUGUUGCGGCCAGCGAUUUGCGAUACACACGUACGCGAACCGCCAGUGUACCGGAGAUUUUUGUAAAGACGAAAAGGGUCUGA